AACAAAAGAAGUGUCGCGUCUGUAUCGGGCUAAUUGUUUGUAAACAACUUCUAUUUCGUUGUUUGUGUAAAAAUUAGGGUAAAAGAAAAAUUACCAACAUGUUCAACUUCUAUGAUUACGUCCGCCUUUUCGUUUUUGUCAUCGCAACAUACAUUCUUGCAACGAGGAAAGCGAAAAUCUGGGUUGUUGCCGAUCUGUUGUUUUCCGUGAGUUUGGGAGUUUGGAUGCUGAUUGGUAAACCUUCUCCAGCUGGUCUCUUUUCAAGCAAGUUGGAUCCAUUUCAUGUCUACUUGAUACAAUCUGUUGGUUGCUAUGUCAUGAUCUCGGCCCUGUUCUGGUUCCAGAGCCACAAGACACGGGAUUAUAAUGUUAUGAAAGCUAUAAUGCUGAACAGAACAAUGGCUGUUGGUAUGUUUACGUUCCUUGAUGUCAUCAACUGUUAUCGUUUUCCAAAAUUAUUUACAAGCCUGCAUUACAACACCUUGUGUUUUGGAGUGCUGUGGUUACUAGGCAGUGCUUACCAGCUGAUUCGUCAUGGUUUGCCCACGCUGAGGCAUGAAUAUAAAAUGUCCAUCAACUGGUUCCUGAAGGCUGACCUGGGCAUUACAGCAUUUGUUGGACUUUGCAGUCUUCUUCUCCCUAGCUAUUUACUUUCCCUUCAGUCCAUGAAGACUAAUGACCUUCACGAACACUUUUGCCAGUUGUUUGGAGCAUGUUUGAUGGCUUCAAGUAUCCUGUCGUAUAUGGCUCUCGGCUUCAGAGACAGUGCUGACAAGAAGGCUGUGCUUAUCAGCAGAGCUAUGGUUAAUGUGUUGAUCCUCCUGUGUUACAUCUGUGGCUGCAUGUUUAGAGGUAUUACUUUCACCACAAGAGAUGUGUUGCUCGACAGUCUGAUAGUUCCAUUCAUCCUGGCACCAACACUUGGAGUUUACAUCCACCGAGAUCGCCGCACCUCCGUCUCCGGCGAUGGAUAUUACUUGAGAUCUCGCGAUGACUAACUUAGACCAUUCAAUUAUUAGUAGUAAUUAUCUUCUGACAACUCCUAUAACUGAACCAUCCGGGUUUAGUUUACAUGUCUUGGCCAAAAUGAGAUUAGCAUUAUUAGUAGUUAAUAUCUCACGAUGACAAAGGUUUUAUUUUUGUUUUGUUCCCCCACCAGUUCUGAUGAUGUUUUUGAAUUAACAUGGAAUUUAAAAAAAAUUGUUUUAGCAAAACACUUGGGCUGUUUCAGUCACUUACACUGGGUCUUCCACAUGACAAUGUAUACCCAGUAGUAGUAUGUUUGAAUAUAAUUAAUGUACACAGUUCUUCCUGGGUGGGGAAGUCUCCCCAAAUGGUUAAAUAAAAUCAGUGGGUUUUUUACCAGUCAUCAGUCAACCUUACGAGUUAUUAAAUAAUAUGCUAAAAACAAAACCAAACACAAAAAUGUAUUGCAAAGAUAUACUAUUAAGGUACCAUAUUAUAUUUUAAUAUGUUGCCAAAAGCAAACUUGUCAAAGUGUCCUUUAGUUGACUAUUGGUAUUCUAAAAUGCUCAAGAUCGAAAUGACUGCAUUAAAUAAUGUUCUUGUUGCCUUAUCUUACCAGAUGUUUACAUAUUCAUAUAUUGUAAUCUAAGGUGCCCUUGUAAUCAGAUUAGUUGUUUGCACACCAUCCUCAAAUUCAACGUAAACAGACUGAAAGUACAAUUAAGAGAGCUUUCAACUACUUGAACCAUAUCUUGCUCCCUAGUCCAGACAUUCUUGUCCUAACGAAUAUAGCUAGAUUGUUCUUGUUUUAAAACUGUUAAUGUUUUAUAAACACCUUUUUAGAUAAUGAUGACAUAUUUUUAGUUGUCACUUGUUGUACAUGUAUUUUUCUACAAAGACUGCAUGUUUGUUUAAUUAUAUCAUUUUAGAUAUAUGUGUUUUAGAUGUUGCAUGUUGGUGUUAUUAAUUUUAAGAGACCACAUGCUUGUGUAAUUAGAUAUUUUUAGAAACUGCAUAUUUGUGUAAUUAUGUCUAAUUAGAGGUAGAAUGUCCAUGUACUUUUUAAAAAUUUAUUUUUUAACUUGGAAGUAGAAUGUUCAAUAUAUCUAGUAUGUGUCUUUUUAUGGGCAGCAUAUCUGCAUACAUAUAUUUCUAUUUAAGAUGCAUUGUUAUUUAUCCCUGGGUUUACGGUGGAGAAAAAAAAUGUGUUUAGCCAUUUGGUGCUUUGUUUUAAACUAACCAACAGAAUUUAACAAGGUAAAGGCUCAUUGCAGGGGCGGAUUAUGGGGGGUUUCCCAGUGGCACAGACCAACACACACACACACACCCCCCCCCCCCCCCCCCCCCCCCCCCCCCCCCCCCCCCCCCCCCCACCCCGGCUAAAAAAAAACCCACCCCACCAUGUAGAUCUAAAUUGAUGUCCAAAUUUCAAAUUAUAAACAUUUACAUACUGUCUCGGGGAAACCCCACUUACCUAAAGCAUAAUCCGCCCGUGCAUUGAAACUUCUAGUUCUUGACCGAGUAUUUUAAUUAAUUUAAUACAUGUAGAUGGACAUAUUCACUUUGUUGAUUUGGCAAACAGUGGCUUGGACAAUACUGUGGUAGGUACAUUGUCUUUAAUAGUAUAUUAUUUAUUCCAAACAGAAUCUAAUUACUCCAAUGAUAAAUAAUAGCAAAGAAGUUGGAUUAUUUUAAGAAAAAUUUUGAAGUUACAAAUUAUUUGGUACUAAUAACCCUCAGAUAAUGUUAACGAUGUAGAAAUAUUAAAUAAAAACACUUUUUACAAUUCUCAUAUAUUCUAGUCAUAUAUUUUCAGUAACCUUUGUGUAUUAUUGUGGUGCACACCAAUUUUGGUGUUUUUACAAGAAAACUAAUUUUAUACAUCUACUUUAAAAAAAAAAAAUGGCAGCACAAUUUAGGCUUUUUAAUCAUUAUCAUUAGCACUGCCAUUUUGAAAAAUAGCUUUUUUCAAUUCAAAUCAUUACUAAUUCAUGGCUUCUCUAAUAUUGAACCUUAGCUUUGUGAUCAAUUUGUUUUGGGUUUUUUUUUACAGUACACCACCAACUGCCUUUCAUAUUUGCUUACUAGACAAGGGGAGAUAAUCAUGAGAUGGGGGGAAAAUGUAAUUUGUAUUAAAUUUCUGCAUAUUGUAAAUAAUACAUUUAAGGCUAGACAAUCAUGGCAAUUUCAUGUAAUGGUAGCAAACAAAAUAUGUGUCCAUUGCCUACAGUACAUUUAACAAUUUGCAACGUUAAGAGAAAAAUGAUCCGUUUUGAUAAACAUUUCAAUUUAAACACAAUGAUCCUGAUGAGAUAUUUUAUGCAUUAGUACUUUUUGAGGCAGGAUCUAGCUCGGUCGGUCAAUCCUGAGGUGUUUACGUCGAACCACUUCAAUGACCAUGUUCUCCAAUUGGGUUUUGUUCCAUUCCAACCAGUACAUCACGACUGGUAUAUCAGUGACUAUGGUAUGUGCUGUCCUGUCUGUGGAAACAUGUCUAUGAAAGACCCUUGCUUCUGAUGGAAAAACGUAGCAGGUUUCUUUUUAAGAAUAUGUGUAAAAACAAUUGCUAAGUAUUUGACAUCCAAUAGCCAAUGAUUAAUGAAUCAAUCUGCUCUAGUGGUCUCAUUAAACAAGACAAACUUUUAACUUUCAUUAAGUUUGUACCUACGGUUCAUUUGACCCGUGUUUUAUACUUUAUAAUAUUGUGUUAAUUGGAUAGCUAUUUUACUGAGUAUUUUAUAUUCAAGUUCUCAGACAGGCUAGGACAUACCAGUCUUUGAUAUACCAGUCAUGGUGCAUACAAAUGGGGGAGGGUACCAUUUCAUUUCAAGAACUGAGGAAGAUCUGUUCUACCUUGGGUUCGUAUGGAUCAUGUGAAUCCAGGAAAGUUAUGGAAUUUACAAAUACCAUUUUCCAGGCUUUGACAAAAGGUUAUGAACAAUGCAUUAUAAAGUGGUAUUUGGUUAAUAAACAAAUUAAGGAACUCUGCUACAGUAUGUUACAGCUCACACGAGUGAUCUACUAAUUGUACCAAAUUGUUUUCAUCCGCAUUUUUUGCUCAAUAAAACCUGUUCAUUUAUAGUCAUCUUACAUAGGCCCUAUGGGUCAUAUACCUCAUAACAUAACAUGCAAUCAACCAUUAAUUUUAUCAUCAUAAUUAUUAUGCUAUAUAACAUUUUCUUACAUUUGGAAAUAAAUUCAGAUUCAAUGGUC